AGCAAAAGAAACGACUGUAUAGGAAGUCAGGAUAGAAUUAGAAGCCCGGCAUUUCAUCGACAUGCAGCCUCAUUUUCUCUAGGAAAAAAAAAGAAGCAAAAUACUCUCUCAAACAAGCUUAAGUGUGUGGCACGGUUCGUUGGGACUUUUGGAUGAGAAAGAUGAAAAAAUUCAAAAUGCAAAGACGGAGAUCCUCGAUGCUAUGAAAUGAUUGAAUGAGAAUGUUGAUUUGUUUUUUGCGAUGAGGAUGAACUUCUACCAACUUUUUCAAAAAAGAUACGAAGCAAACUGCGUCUGUGGAUACAUCGGCUGUUCCGACAGGACCUUUUGCGAAGUCACACCUUUCUUUCUCUUUUCUCCAAAAAAUCAAAAGACCUCACAAAAAAAAGCUGCCUACAUCAACAGUGUAUCGCUCGGCACUUCUAUCAGAAUUACUCCGCUCUUCGAGGGAUUUUUAUACAGGUGCAGUGGGAAAAAAGCUGAUGACGGUCUGUUGCAGGAUAUCAUCGUAAAAACAAGAAAAAAAAUAGGGAUUUCUAUAAAAGGAUGA